GGGAGCACCGCCAGAAGAGCCGGGCUCCGCAGACCGCGCACACACCGCACAGGGGGUUGCUCGCACUCCACGCUCGCCUCCACGCUACCGCCGAGUACGAGACUCGCCGCCUCUCCGUCUACUACCCUUACCCGUCGGGGGCACCACGUCGGUCCGUUGCGCGACGCUCGCUAUUAUGUAAGGGGACGUCGUUCGGUCCGCGUCGUCGACACCGGGGUCAGAGGCAGGCCGAACAGCGGUAAAGGACACGCACUGGACACGCGAAGGGGAGAGAAGCACGCGCUGGAAGGGCGACAUGCGAAGAGACGCGUCGCGCCGGCCGCGUUACGACCACACACAUCCGUGCCACCACGAAUAUCGUAGGGACGACGAGCAGAAAUAAGACGCAAUUCGAGGAUAGAGGAGGAGAGGCAUCGAUGGAACUGAAAAUUCUGUUGUUCGUUCAUGUUGUGGGAAUUUGCUCCGGUUUGCGAGAAGUCCGCAUCCAGAUACCGACGGCCGUGAAGAAAGGUGACUCUGCGAUACUGAACUGCUGGUAUGACACCGAGGGUGAUCUUUUAUACGCCGUCAAGUGGUACAAAGGGGGUCGAGAGUUUUAUCGCUAUGCCCCGAACGAGAUCCCGAUCUUCAAGACUUUCCCCAUCGGGAACUUGACGGUGAAGAAAAGCGAAAGCAACGCGACCCAAGUCGCCCUGACCAACCUGGAGUUGGACGCUGCGGGGGUGUACAGUUGCGAAGUCUCCGCUGAUGCUCCCUCCUUCCAGACGGCCUGUGUCCAAGACACCAUGAACAUCGUAGAAUUACCCUCUCAAGGGCCGUCGAUACUCGGGUUAAGGAGGAAAUACCGGAUCGGCGAUACGCUACGUUUGAACUGCACAUCCGGACGGAGUAAACCCGCGGCCAAUCUCACCUGGUACAUCAACGACCGACAACCGCUGAAGCCGCAUGUCCGCACGUACAGUCCUUUGGACACGAACGAGUCCGAGUGGCAGAUUUCCCAGAUCGGCCUUCAAUUUCUCGUUACGCACGAGCAUUUCGCCGGAGGCAAGUUGAAAAUACGUUGCAGCGCCUCGAUAUACGAUAUUUACUGGCAGAGCACAGAGGUCAGCUUCGAGGAAGACAGGGCACCGCCGAAGGUGAUACAAUACCAGCCAGCUGCGACCAUUGUGGGUAUCGACUAUCUCCAACCACCGCCCAACUUCCAGACCGGUCAGAAGAAACCUGAUGGCCAUGUUGGAGUGAAAGCGGACGCAUCCGUGACACCGGCCAGUGCAGGACAGGAUCAGGAGGAGCAGCACCCCGCCUAUUUCCAAGGAUUACCACGUUUCUCGAGGAUGGGCUGUUGCUGCUGCACGGACGAGCCAUCGUCCAAGGUGGAGCCUCGGACACCGGAAAACGAAGGGAUGUCGUCGAGGCACUCGGACCAGAUUUUCGUCACCGAUCGAUCCUGCACUGAUAUCAUCACUUUGAUCAUUCUGAUCGGUCUGAUCAUCGGUUUUGGUUUCCUGUUGAGCAUCGUUGUUCAGAAAGGAGACGUUUACCGCAUUAUAAAUGGCUACGAUGACUGCGGGAAUGUUUGCGGCCGUGUCACUCCUUCUCAUCCCGAAUUCCAAUGUCCGGAUGGUAAGAAUGGUGACAACACGAAGAAUCCGUACUUGAAGAUCACCAUGGAUGGAAGCGGUGUAAAAACACGCGAGUGCACAAACAAUUGCACCGAUCAACAUAUAGUGUUCCUGAAUCGAUGUGUGCCUAAGGAUUUAUCUGAAACAAUCACUUCUCUGAUCAAUAAGCUCGGUUUGGAUAAUUUUUACAAGGAGGCUUGCAGAGAUCUUACUGUUGCUUGGAGAGAGAUCGUUUACUUAUUGCUGAUUGCUUUAGGCAUUUCAGUGGCUAUUUUGGUUGCCUUCCGUUAUUUAGUACAAUGGGUCGUUUACAUGGUCCUAAUUGGUGUUAUUCUAGUUUGCAUCGGUGGUUCAACGUAUCUCUGGUUUGCUUGGUACGCAGAAAAAAAAGCGGUAGAAGCACACAAAAUACCAGAAGAAGAUUCGAGUGAACAAUCUUACUUCAUUUAUGCAAUCACAUUGACUAUUAUUACGGUCAUCACACUUUUGAUCGUUUUAGUGAUGAGAAAAAGAAUCGCUCUCGUAAUGCAACUGUUCCGUGAAGCAGGAAAAGCUGUUUACGCAAUGCCAGUCCUCCUUCUCCAGCCUAUAUAUACUUAUCUCUUGAUCGGUAUCACUGUAUGUGCCUGGAUUUAUUGCAUGCUUUGGAUAGAAAGCGCAGGAAAUAUUUACAAGAACAAGAAGAAUCACAUCCAUUUCCGGAAAGAUAGCAUUGUGAUUGCAAGUAGAUGGUACAAUAUCUUUUUCUUCUUUGUCACCUGUGAAUUCCUUCUAGGCUGCCAGCAUAUGGUUGUUGCCCUCGCUGUUGCACGUUGGUUCUUUACCAGAAACAAGAACCAACUCUCUCUGCCAGUUGCUCGUGGUUUUUGCUAUCUCACACGAUACCACUUGGGCACGGUCGCAUUUGGUGCACUGAUUAUUGGUAUAGUUCGAUUGAUAAGAGCUAUUAUUUUAUUCGUGCAAAAUCGUCUGAAGCAUUACGAUAAUGAUCUCGUACGGGUAAUAUUAUGGUGCUGCCAUUGCUGUUUCUGGCUCUUCGAAUGCGUUUUAAAGUUUCUCACUAGGAACGCUUAUAUCGAAACAGCAAUAUACGGAUGUAAUUUUUGUAGAGGAGGUAAAAAGGCUUUCCAAGCUUUGUCCAGCAAUAUAUUAAGAGUUGCAGCUAUUAAUAGUGUUGGAGAUUUUGUCCUGUUUUUAGGAAAAGUGUUAGUAGUUACGUUAACAGUUGUUUCAGGAAUUUAUUUAAUUCAGAAGAAAGAAGGACUCCAUUAUCCAUGGAUACCAAUUGCAUUGGCUGGAGUUUUUGCUUUCAUAGUCGCGCAUUGCUUUAUUUCCAUCUAUGAGAUGAUCAUAGAUACGAUAUUCAUUUGUUUCUGCGAAGACUGCGAGAAGAAUGAUGGCAUCAAUAGGCCUUACUUCAUGAGCCGUGGAUUGAUGGAAUUUGUUGAAAAUAGCAAAAAAGCACUCCAAUAUGCGAACCAUCAUGCUGCUGAGUCAUAAAGAUUCGAUUGCUCUUCAAAAGUUUAUUAAACAUUUGGGAAAUGCAAGGAUCUUCAGAUUUACUAUGGCAUAAAACACUGAAAAUGUCUGGCGAAUGAACGUCAAUUCACUAAUCUUGAACAUUUCUUUCAGCCAUAGGCAUCAGUGAAUUUUCCAAAAAUAAACCAAAUGUUUUUCACUUCUAUUU